GCCCUCAUAACUCCAAUCCCCUGCUAGCCGCAAACCAUGAAGUUCCUUACUGUCACCACCUCCUUCACAUUACUCUUCUUCCUUCUACACUUCUUCACACACCUCCAAGCCUAUAUCCCAUCGGAAGUUCUCCCUAUCAGUUGCGGUUCCACCGGAAUGUCCUCCGAUGGUCAAAGAAUGUGGGCCGGCGACACAGACCCAAUGUUCUUUACUUUCCAAGACGGCUCUGUUUCAGAGAAGGCAACAACACAGUCUUCUUCCACCAAUAAAAUACCCUUCUCCACCGCACGCUUGUCCCGUUCCCCAUUCAACUACUCCUUCCAACUCUCCGCAGGCACCAAAUUCCUUCGCCUCUUCUUCUACCCUGCCGAUUACCCUUCCUUUCCCCGCACCCACGCAUCCUUCACCGUUCAAUCCAACCAAUUCACUCUUCUUGAAGCUUUCAACGCCUCUCUUAACGCAGACGCUCAAGCCACCGACACUAUCUUCAAAGAAUACGUGGUCAAUGUCAACGACGAUAAGGGGCUUAUCCUCACCUUCACUCCCUCGCUUCCAAACUCCUACGCUUUCGUCAAUGGAAUCGAGGUACUUUCUAUGCCAACCGAUUUAUAUUACACACUAGAAAAUGAGACAGGGUUCACGAUGAUCGGAACUAGCACGCUGUACAGCGUUGAAACCAGCUUUGCUCUUCAGACUGAGUAUAGAAUCAAAACCGGAGAACAAGAAAUCCCGCCACAAUACGACACCGGUUUGUUCAGGAAUUGGGCUGCCGAAGAACGUUACUUUAUCAAAGGCAAUCCAAAUAAUGAUGAUCUACCAGGUGACAUGGAUGGGAAAAUGAACAUAACCGUGAAUCCCGAUUACGUCGCACCAAAGGAACUGUUCAGAACAGCGCGUAACAUGGGCACAAACGCCACUCUGAAUAAAAUGUCCAACCUCACUUGGGUGUUCCCCGUUGAUUGUGGCUUCACUUACGUUGUCAGACUCCAUUUCUGCGAGCUUGAUCCUCAUAUCAAUGACAUCGGUGACAGGCAGUUCUAUAUUUACAUAGCGAGCCAGUUGGCUGAACCAGGUGCAGAUGUAAUGAAAUGGAGUCAGAAACAAAAAGGUCUAGCUGUGCAUAAAAACUAUGCUAUUUUGAUUCCCAAGAAUGAUGCUCAGAAAAAGUUUAAUCUCUCGCUUCAAAUGCAUCCUUACGAAAGCAGUGUGGAUACGAGAUACAGCGACGCCUUCCUGAACGGUCUCGAGAUCUUCAAAAUCAGUGAUUCGAACAACCUAGCCGGACCCAACCCGGAACCGGUUCAGACUCCACAGAACAACGUUCCCGGCCAAAACGGAAAUACCAGCAGCGGAAUCGCAACGAAUAUUGGUAUCACGGCGGGGGUAGUUUCCGGUGUCGUUUUCAUCUCGCUUGUAGUUUUCUUUAUCCUGUCGUUGACCACUUCCAAGUGGAGUGCACUGUUGUUCUCAACGACCAAGUCAACCACCCGUCGGAACUUUUCUGUGCCUUCUGAUCAGUGCCGUCGGUUUUCCCUCGUCGAGAUCAAAGCUGCCACCAAAAACUUCGACAACUCCUUCGUCGUCGGCGACGGUGGAUUUGGACACGUGUACAAGGGCUUCAUCGACGACGGCUCAGUCCCCGUUGCUAUCAAGCGCCUUAGACAGGGUUCCCAGCAGGGGGCCAGCGAGUUCGUUAACGAGAUCCAGAUGCUCUCGCAACUCCGCCACCGCCAUCUCGUCUCACUCAUCGGUUACUGCUGCGAUAACAACGAGAUGAUCCUCGUUUACGAGUUCAUGGGAUGUGGAAACCUCCGCGACCAUCUCUACGGCACUGAUAACCCCCCUCUCUCAUGGAAGCAGCGGUUGAAGAUUUGCAUUGGCGUUGCCCGCGGGCUACGCUAUCUUCACAGUGGCGCGAAGCACAUGAUCAUCCACCGUGACGUGAAAACGACGAACAUCUUGUUGGAUGAGAGAUGGGUGGCGAAGGUUUCGGAUUUCGGACUAUCCAGAAUUGGGCCGAAUGAGAUGUCGAAGGCCCAUGUGAGCACCGCCGUGAAAGGCAGCUUUGGGUAUUUGGAUCCGGAAUAUUACAUUCGACGGCGGCUGACGGAGAAGUCUGACGUGUAUUCUUUUGGGGUGGUGUUGUUUGAGGUGCUCUGUGCCCGUUCUCCUCUUAUCCAUACUGAAGAAAUCGAACAGGUGUCACUGGCUAAUUGGGCAAGAUAUUGUUGUCAAAAUGGGACAGUGACGGAGAUUAUGGACCCCAUAUUGAAGGAGAAGAUCGCUCCUGAUUGUUUGGCCAAGUUUUGUGAGAUUGGGGUGAGUUGUUUAUCACAAGAGGGUAUGCAGAGGCCUUCCAUGAACGAUGUCGUUUUGAUGUUAGAGUCUGCACUGAAACUGGAAGAAGAGAGUGCCGACCAAGGUGCAACACAGGAAGAUAUUGACCAUGUGCUUGAUCUUGGAGAGCACCACAAUAGUUGCAAGGAUAAUGAUAAGUUGAUGUUGGAUCUUUUUUCUGAGAUUGUCGACCUAGAGCCGCGUUGAAGUUACCAGUAAAACAUGAAAAGGUUUGCUUAAACAGUUACAUUUGAAGACCUAAUAUUAUCUGGAUACUCCAAAUUUAUGUAUUCAGUUUCGUGGUUGUAGUGUUAAAGUAGGGUUAUCUCUCUAUAUCAAUCAGGCUUCUUCUAUUUCCUCCUAAUGUAAGAAGACACGUUUACUGGUAAAUUUACCUAUUAUACACCAAAAUACUUGAAACGGUA